UUUUCCUCUGCUUACUCUUUUUGAUUUGCAUGAGUGUCUGUGAUUGGCUGCUAUAAUGAGAGGGAGAUACUGUCCUCGCCUGACUGGCUGGGAGCAGAAGGGGGCAGGUGCUAUGUGUGAACAUAAAUACAGAGUGCAGCCUCAACAGACACACAUGCAUCUGCUGUCAGCAUCCUCUUCUGCAGAACUGCAUCCACUUCCAUCACUGACAGCACUACAGUUUUCAGUCAAGGAUCCACAAGCAACGAAGAAGAGAUAAGAGAUUCUUUCAAGUGGUAUUUUGGAGAAAAAGAGCAGCAGAAACAUGUCUUUAGAAGUGAAGGAGAAGACUGAGGUGCGUCUGGUGUUUUUAGGAGCAGCUGGAGUGGGGAAGACCGCCCUCAUCCAACGCUUCCUCCAAGACACUUUUGAGCCAAAGCACCGGCGCACGGUGGAGGAGCUCCACAGGAAGGAGUACGAGGUGGCAGGUGUCAAAGUCACCAUCACCAUCAUGGACACCAGCGGCAGCUACUCCUUCCCCGCCAUGCGCAAGCUCUCCAUCCAGAGCAGCGACGCCUUCGCCCUGGUCUACGCCGUGGAUGACCCUGAAUCCCUGGAGGCGGUGAAAAGUCUGCGAGAGGAAAUCCUGGAGGUCAAAGAGGACAAGUACACGCCUAUCGUGGUGAUAGGCAACAAGAUAGACCGCCACAACGAACGACAGGUGUCCAGCAAGGACGUGCUGUCCACGGUGGAGCUGGACUGGAACCACAGCUUCCUGGAGUCCUCCGCCAAAGACAACGUCAACGUGCUGGAGGCUUUCAGAGAGCUGCUUCAGCAGGCCAACCUCCCAAGUCGGCUCAGCCCGGCGCUGUGCCGCAGACGGGAAACCUUCCCCAAGGAGAGCAACAAACGACCUCCAAUGAACAAGGCCAACAGCUGCAUCAUCUCAUAAUGAUGUGGAGCAGCUCCGAAGGCAACAACACCAAAAAAGACUAAGAAAAAACUGCCCAAAAGAGACUGAAAGGGCUUUUUAAGUGUUAAAUGUGUCCAGACUCUAACAAAACAAAGAAAUGAUGAUGUGCUUAAAAGCAUUGCAUCUGUCACUGCAACAGUGCUAGAGGCACAGAGAUACCACAGUGAGGACGGACGUGUAACCAUGAGAACACCUUUAAGACGUGAAAGAAUGUGGUUGAACAACUGUUUGAACACUGAAAAAAAAGAAAGAAACAGUGCACAGACACUGCUUUCUGUGAAUGUCAACAAUGAUGGCGUUAUAAAUUGUGUAGAAGCAGCUUUCUGUAUCAUAUGCUAAGUUUUCACUCAAAUGUUAACGUGAGGUUUCAGGUUUAGGUUCUUGUGCUACUGGUGUUAAAAGUGCAAUAACUGUGAUGUGAUGGGUAUUUAUGCAAAAGUCUGUUUACAUAUGAGAAAGACCAAGAGAAGAGGGCUUUAUAUUUUUGAUAGCAACACAUUAAACAUUAUGUUGUGAAUUCUUGUGCAGCCUGUCCUGCUUUUUUGACAUUUUGAAAUACAUACCAAGUGGUGAUUUUUCUCUCCUUCUCUUUCUUUUUGUCUGACUGAUACAUUCAGGAGAGUUUAACAAGUGUUUGAAAAUGACCCUGAAUCAUCAUGACAGCACAAAGGUGAUGUUCAAUGCUUUCACUCAGAGCUUAUUCUAAGCUGAAUAAAACACCUUAUCUCAUCCACCUUUUGGAUAUUAAUUAGCUUUUUUUUUGCAGAUUAUACUGAUAAGAAUAUUCUUGGCAUGACAGCAAACAAAAGUAAGUGUGUGGUAUGGUGUAGGCAUGUAGACAUUGCAAAAAGACAUUUUACAGCUCAAACCGAAAAACAGUAAAAGUAAAAUAAAGUUUACACCACAUGCUUAUCGAAGAUACAAAUAUUGUGCAC